AUGCCUUACGAUCGCGAUGUAGUCGUUAGUUGCAUCGAGAGGCACUAUGAUUUGCUCGUGCGCAUGGCCUACCUCGACCCGGACACGAUCCUCCGCCCGCCGCCUGAAGGUUGGAGUGAUGAGCAGCUCGCUGUUGACACAUUACAAGAGUGGAAACGGUCGGACCGAGUCAUUGAUCUCUUGCGUCACUUGCCUUAUCUGAGCAAGAAUAUGGGUGACUCUAAAUACGAGGUCUAUAUUGUAACGGAAGCAUGCAAUUACCUUCGCAAUUAUGGCUGGCUGAAAGAUGCGGACAAAAAGAAGGCUAUCAGGCACCGUAGUGCACCAGAUGACCAGUUUUGGCGGCAGGCCGCAAAGCCUCGAGAGGUUCAGCAGUACUUCGAUGAGCUCUACGACGAGAUCGAAACCUUGGUCACCGUUCCUGUACCAUUGACGCGAGGUAGCGAUGCAUGGUACAACGAGAUGGUGGAUCAUCGAGACAACAAUGCAAAGGUGAGUGCGAUCCUCUCGGCGAACGUGACCGGAAGACUCAUCAAGCAAAUGAACAGCUACCCAAGCGCUUGCUGA